GUCGCACUAGAAUAAGCAAAAAUUACUGAGAGAGUGACCAGAAACCCUCCGACUUCCCUGUCCUGAACCCUCUCUCUAUUUAAGGCAGCCCCCCCGGCGAUCUCUGUUUCCCCGUUCACCAGACGACAAGGUCGAAGGUUAGAUACUCUCCGUAGCGGCAAAAUGUCUAGGAUUCUCAAAGGUUUCAGGGCGCUUUUAGCUUCCCCGGCGGUGUCGACGUCGUCAGCAACAACAGCAGCCAAGUUUUCUUCUGCUUCUGCUGCUGCUGCGAAACCAGCUGCUGCUAAAGUGAGCCGGAAACCAAAAAAGCCGACCACCUCAAAACCAAAGACCGACAAACGAGCUGCUUCUCGAACGAGGAAUCGACCCACCGGGAUAUCACAGGUUACCCCUGUUUCACCUGCUUUGGGUCAGUUCCUUGGAGCCCAACAGGCUUCCCGUACUGAAGCUGUUAAGCAGAUCUGGACCUAUAUCAAAUCGCACAACCUCCAGAAUCCCAGUAACAAGAGGGAGAUCUUUUGUGAUGAGAAGCUUAAGGCCAUUUUUGAUGGAAAAGAAAAGAUUGGUUUCCUGGAGAUUGGAAAAUUGUUAACCCACCACUUUGCAAAGACUGACUGACCUCUAUUGUCGUAUUUGGCCUUGCAUUGCCCAACCAAUAAUGAGCUAGCUCCUGUCAUUCUGAACUUAAACUCUUUUCAAUGUAUGUUCAUGUUUGCAUUUUGUGUUUAGAGCUGAACUUGCUGGGGUGGGCUUGGGAAAGGUUCUAGCUACGCUUGUGUAAAAAUUUAGUAGGGACUAGAGAUUGAGAAAGUAGCAUCUUAAUUUGGUUUCCUGAUUUUAAUUUUAUUGUUUAUGCUAACUGGAUCUUUGAUCAAGUAGUAGUUUAAUUGUUCAA